AUGAAUAAAUUUACACAAACUUUUAGAUAGCAACAUUUAGAAAGUCUAUAUCAAAAAGAGAAGGAGUAAUAUUGCUAUGAUACCUUUAAGAAGAUAGCUUUUUUAUCUUUUAUCAUAACACUAAUUAGAUUAAUAAGUUUUGCUCGCUAAGAAAAUGUUGUAGGUAUAUUAAUCACAUCAUCAAUUUUGUCCAUUUUGAUACUGAUGUAUGUUUUAAUUCUAAAAUUCUGUUCAUCUGGCGCCAUAUUCUGUAUGGCCUUUAUAAAUAAUAUGCUUAUUUUGCUCUAAAUCAACGAUUAAUAAGAGACUAAUUAAUUUAUUCUUGGCACCAACCUGGCCAUUGCACAUACAACUAUACUUUUAAUAUUAGAUUAUAAAUUGGCAGUAAUCAACAUUUUUUUUUAAACUACUUUCAAAUUACUUAUAGCCGGGCUCUUUGAUACAUAAACUGAUACUUGUUCAGUUGUAUUAUCAAUUUUGUGUCCCCUUUGUUUUAUAUCUAUAAUAUCCACAAUUGACAAACAAAGAAGACUGCUAUUUUUGAGUAACAAUCAAGGAAACGAUUGGCGUAUACUAAUUAUUCAAAUAUUUAUCUAGAUUAAUUAUUGCCUUCAGUGAUAAGCGAUCCCUUCGUCCUUUUUUCAUUUGAUCACAAUAGAAUGAGUUUUAAAUACAAGAAUUCAAGUAAGAUAGACAGAUUUCCAUAUUGUAAUCAAGAACUCUCCCAGGAGGACAAUUUUAAAUAAUUUUUUAGACUCCAACACAUAUCUGAAGUGUCAAUUGAAUAAUUCAUUUUGAAUAGAAUAGAAAAGCAAUCCAAGUUUUUUGAUCUAAAUCAAUUUACACUCCGACCAAAUCAAUAUGAUUCUGUUGAUUUUGAAGAAACCAACAUCCUAUUGGCUGAAUUAUACCAUAUGGAUGACACCUUCUUGAUUGUUUUGGAGCAAUCGAAAUAGAAAGCUUAAUACAUAGAAUCUACAAAAGAUAACCUAAUUAAUUUGAUUGGGCAACAUCAAUAACUAGUGCACAAUUUCCUAAAAAAGCAGGCAUCAUUAAUAAACAUGAGUUUAUAGAAUGAAUCAUCUCGAGUUCAAUUGCUCUAUUAAUUAAAACUUCAUCAUUUGUAUUUCUCAGGAAAAUAUAAGAUAUCAAAUUCAUUUUCAUAAGCAAACAAAUACUUUGAAACUAUCUGUAUUGACUUUAAAUAUGUUUUUCUAGCAAUAAUAUCACUUUUUGAAAAAGCAUAUUCUGGUAUCAACAUCUAAUUUGAUUGCACUGAUAGUAAGUUUGAUGUAGUUCAUUAUAAAGAUAUGUCUUAGGAUUUUAUCAUUUAAUUGUUAUAGAUGACAUUAAGAAAGACAACAAGGGAUUAGAGUUCCAAAACAAGAAUAAUUUUGCAUGUAAAAUCAGAAAUUUUAUUUGUUCAAAUUAUUUGUCUAAACUCUUAUAUUCUAUUGGAAAAUUUAAACAAAAAUUUGGUUAUAAGAUUGUAUCUAAAAUUGCAUUCCCCUGAAACUGAAAUUAGAUUGAGUGAUAACGGCAUCAAUAUUUAGUUGUAUAAAGAUGUGUCAUAAUUGAAGUCACUAAAUAAAUUUCAAGAAUAUAAUUGAUUGUAAUUCUAAAAUUUUCACAAACAUUUAAUCUAAAUAUCAUAAAUAUAAUAAUUUCAAUAUCAUAAUCCAUUAUACUAUAUAAAUUUGAUUAGAGAAUUGGUCUAUUCAAAAACUUCAUUCACUUAACUGACUCGCUAAGAUACAGAAGAGAGACCAAAACAAAAUUAAAUCAACAGACUUUCUAAGAGUUUCGACCUAUGCUGGACACUAAAAAUAAACAGAUAGUGUUGUAUGUACAUUAUCUUAUCUGGCCCCUGAAGUUCUGUCCUCUUCAUAUAGAUGUGUCUCUUAAGAUGUAUGGGCAGUUGGAUGCAUAAUAUAUGGACUUGUUUUUGGGAGACUCCCUUUCGAUGGAACUAGUCCUUCUGAAACCUAUAGAAAUAUCAUUUAAUGUGAUAACAGCAUACCAAAAAAAAUCAACCUCUAAGGAAUUGAUAAAUCUAUUGAGCCUGAUAUUUGUCAAUCACCCAAAAGAAAGGGCAAAUAUUUUUGAUAUAUAAACUCACUCUUGGUUCAAAGAAUAGGUCAAAUUAUCCAAAUUAACUUUAACUGGAAUAGCAUUUCGUAAUGAUAGAUCAUCAAGUGUCUCUAAAUUAAAUUCAAAUAGAUAAGAUGAAGAGUAAUUGUUAGUCUUUCGUCUGAGAAAGAUUGUCUGUAGUAGAAGAUCUGUUACAAGACUGGACAAGGCCUUGUUUACCAAUAAAUUGAGAUGA